UGGCUUUAAGCUUUCAGAUCGUCACUAGUACCUACUUUAGGUACCUGGGUUAGUCGAGAUUUAAAAAGCAAGGAUCCACCUCCUUUCUUGGUAGUAGCGAAAACCUUGGACGACUCAAAUUCGUCCGGUUGCUCAUCAUAACAAACCAAUCAUCCCGCAACCGCCCCAUCCUUCGCUAUCACUGGACCAACCUGCGUCCCGUGUCAAGGCGAAGGCCUAGCCUUCAACACGUCCACUUAUCCGUACUUUUUCAACAACUGUGUCCGAUCGGUCACUGUUUAAAACUUACCAACAUUCGCCAUAUCUAACCGAUUUAUAUCUGCGCCAAUAUUCUUUGUAAUCCAAAUACUUACCUCCAACCAUGUCGCUCCCUGAGCGGCCAGGGGCGGCGAGUCCCGCGUAUGAGCAUCGGAGUUCAUAUCGCCAGUCGUCCUCGAGGCGUGCUCGUCCUGCCGACAUCGAAACCGGAUAUUACCCCGUGCCUGGACGGAGGAUGUCCUCACAUCAGCGUGCGCCAUCAGGAACUUCGUUUGCCGAGACAAUUCGCAAUCCUAAUGGUACCACAGAUAGAUCACCCCUUUCUCCCUCCGCGCCUCCGGAUGAAGUCCCUGCCGGUGUGCCGUCGCGUAAGAGGAGUCUUAUAAGACCCGAAAGAAACCGAAUCGACAAGGACCACCCGAAUUAUCAUUACCGACAGCAUGCUGCUAACAUGGACACGCUUCCGUCUUCCACCGGCAACGACCCUCUCUUCGAAGAUUUGGAAGGGAGGACAGAUUUAUCUGCGGACCGAACUCUCGAUGCUGCUACAUCGGACAGCUCACCCCCUCGAAGGAAGCAUAGUGGGGACAGCGAGAAACCUAAAACUAAAGGGUCCAAAAAGAGAAGGCGGCAUUCGAGUGGUCACAAGAUAUCCAAAUCUUCUAGGGAUGCUAAACGGCGGAAACCUCAGGAGACGAUCGCGCCACCGAAUAUUUGGAACGUGUACUGUGCCGUCGUUACGUUCUGGUGUCCCGACUUUAUCCUGAGCUGCUUCGGUUUUACUUCGAAGGCGCAAAGGAGAGCUUGGAGAGAAAAGAUGGGUCUUAUUAGCAUCAUCUUGUACAUCAUGUCUUUUGUCGGUUUCCUGACUUUCGGUUUCAACCAAACCGUUUGCGCCUCACCCGGUGUCCGUCUGCAUGUCAAUGAUGUCGGUACUGGCUAUAUGAUAUUCCACGGCGUUGCCUACGAUCUAACGAAAUCCGGCCACCCCCCAGCUGAAGGUAUCCCACUCCGCUCGGACGGAACGUAUGCCAAUAUUCUAUACGAUCUUCCUACUAAAUAUGGUGGUACGGAUGGCAGCUUUCUUUUCCAGAACGUCAAUGGCAAAUGUAAAGGUCUUAUAACACUUGCGGACGGCUCAGAUGUCCCCCAUGGUUCUACCGACUCCGAGGAGCUUGCCUGGUAUUUUCCGUGUACGACGUUCAAUCAGGACGGUUCAUCUAAGCCGAACUUCACCUGGCCUUAUGAUUCGGUUGGUUACGCGUGUCAUACUACUCAGAAAGCCAGAGACACGUUUUAUCUUCAACUUCAUGGCACUGGCGAUGUCUUUUACACCUGGGAUGAUAUCAAGAAUAGUUCGCGCAACUUGGUUGUGUAUUCUGGUAAUGUUCUCGACCUCAAUCUACUCAAUUGGUUCAACGAAGACGAAGUCAAUAUUCCGGACCGGUUUAAGGAGUUGAGGGACACAACCACAAGCGCCAACCAGGCGAUUCGUGGUCGCGAUAUUACUCGGUCGUUCCAGAAACCCGCGGAUAAACAGGUGGCCCAAUGUUUCGAAGAAAUCAUAAAAGUCGGAUCCAUAGACACAGAUACGGUUGGAUGUAUCGCGGCGCAAGUGGUUCUCUACAUAUCUCUAAUCCUGAUUCUUUCCAUUGUCGUAGCGAGAUUCGGACUGGCAAUAAUGUUCCAAUGGUUCAUCAGUCGAAAAUACGCUGCCAUGAAGACCUCGCAGACGUCAGACAAGAAGAAACGAAACCGGCAGAUCGAGGACUGGACUGAAGAUAUCUACCGAGCUCCUCCGCGGAUGCCCGGUGAUAUUGGGAGCAGUUACAUGGGCUCUGAUAGGACUAGCAAGCGCGCCAGCACUUUCUUACCUACAACAUCUCGCUUUUCUGCGGUCUAUGGUGCCGACAGGGCUCCCAGAAGACCGCAACCGACGACCAUGGCGAGCCAGGCUUCAACUGGUCCACUGCUUCACCCCAACUCGAUGUACAAGCAAGGCAACGAUAGCAGAUCGAGCAUGCUUCGCUCCGAUCCCUACGGAAACACGGUUAGCCCGAUAGAUGGUUAUGGUCCUGCUGGAUUUAUCCACGAGGCUGUCGUACCUCAACCACCGUCUGACUACCAACCCUUCGGAUUCCCGUUGAUCCACUCUAUCUGCCUUGUAACAGCCUACUCCGAGGGAGAGAUGGGUAUCCGGACCACGUUAGAUUCUAUUGCUAUGACUGAUUAUCCAAACAGCCACAAGGUGAUCCUCGUUAUUUGCGACGGUAUGAUCAAGGGCAAGGGCGAGGCAAUGACUACACCCGAAUUUGUUCUUGGCAUGAUGAAGGAUCAUACUGUACCCCCUGAGGAGGUUCAAGGCUUCUCAUACGUGGCCGUGGCCAGUGGUUCGAAGCGACACAAUAUGGCCAAGGUAUAUGCUGGUUUCUACGACUAUGGUGCUAAGUCUGUCAUUCCGGUGGAAAAGCAGCAAAGGGUUCCGAUGAUGCUGGUGGUAAAAUGCGGUACACCCGACGAAUCUACCAAAGCUAAGCCUGGAAACCGAGGCAAACGUGACAGUCAAAUCAUAUUGAUGUCGUUCCUGCAGAAGGUUAUGUUCGACGAGCGCAUGACAGAAUUGGAAUUCGAAAUGUUCAACGGUCUCUGGAAGGUGACUGGCAUAUCGCCAGAUUACUACGAAGCAGUGCUCAUGGUCGACGCCGACACGAAAGUGUUCCCCGACAGUUUAACCCAUAUGCUUUGCGCGAUGGUUCGCGACCCUGAUAUCAUGGGGCUUUGCGGUGAGACGAAGAUCGCAAACAAGAGAGAUAGUUGGGUAUCGGCCAUCCAAGUGUUUGAAUACUUCAUCUCCCAUCACUUGGCCAAGUCUUUUGAGUCCGUCUUUGGAGGUGUUACUUGCCUGCCAGGUUGUUUCUGCAUGUACCGCAUCAAAGCGCCCAAGGGUGCGCAAAACUAUUGGGUCCCUAUCCUAGCGAAUCCUGAUGUCGUCGAGCACUAUUCCGAAAACGUCGUCGACACUCUGCAUAAGAAGAAUCUUUUGCUCCUUGGAGAAGAUCGGUACUUGACUACUCUCAUGCUCCGAACUUUCCCUAAGCGUAAGCAGGUCUUCGUUCCUCAGGCAGUUUGCAAAACAACGGUUCCCGAUGAGUUCAGCGUCCUACUCUCGCAGAGGCGAAGAUGGAUUAACUCCACUAUCCACAACUUGAUGGAGCUAGUUCUCGUUAAGGAUCUUUGCGGUACCUUCUGCUUCAGUAUGCAAUUCGUUGUUUUCAUCGAGCUGGUUGGUACUUUGGUACUACCCGCAGCUAUCGCGUUCACUUUCUAUGUUGUCAUUUCCUCUAUCAUAGGACCCGUACAGACGAUCCCGCUAGUGCUGCUUGCUUUGAUUCUUGGUUUGCCAGCUGUCCUCAUCGUCAUCACGGCUCAUUCAUGGUCAUACGUAGUAUGGAUGUUGAUCUACCUUGUGUCACUCCCAGUAUGGAACUUCAUCCUCCCCAGCUACGCGUUCUGGAAAUUCGAUGACUUUUCGUGGGGUGAUACUCGGAAGACUGCGGGUGAGAAGACGAAGAAGGCUGGUAUUGAAUAUGAAGGCGAGUUCGAUAGUAGCAAGAUUACUAUGAAACGGUGGGCGGAGUUCGAACGAGAAAGACGAAUAAGGGAUAACUACUGGGGAUCCAGGGAUAAUGUCGUAGGCGGCAAUUGGGGCUCUGGUCCGAAUUCCGCUCCUUACCACCACUCUUACGACGACCAAUAUUAUUCCGAUGCAUGAGUCGGCAGAUUGAGUUGAGUAGGUAUUAGGGGACAUACUUAUUUACCAUAUAUAUAUAUAUAUAGGAGUCGGUUCUAUUAUGGGAAGGGUAAGAGAACGGCGGUCGUCAUUGUCGUUUCCGAGUUUUUCGAAUCCUUUAUUAUGGGAUUCAAGAGCAUGGAUGGGGUGAAUUAAACGUAUAAAGAACCAGGGCAUUCGGCAUCGUUUAGCGAUUUACAUUGUACAUAUUUAGCUCGCCAGGUUCAUGAUGCCGCAGACUUAAUUGGACGAAAUAUACGUAUUAUCCCCCACUAGAUUUUAAUAGAUAUAGCUAUAAUAAUCAGCAUUCGCCUAUUCCUGCUUUCAUUUCCCGAAUUGCACCGGUGUGUAACCUCUGCUACAUACUAGAUAUCCUACGGCGUGUUCUGUAUGGCACUAUGUCGGCGCCUCAUGUGAGGGAGGCGAGACAUUCCUAGGAUCGGGAAACUGGACUUGUGCUACGGUUGGGCAGCGACGGAAUCUUUACCGCUACCAAGUUCGGUAGAGUGUGACGAGAUCUUGUACACUUGUAUCACUAUAUGGAAAGUUCUAAAGCAUAGGAGGUCUAAAGGAAUAGUUCGUUCGUUGAGUUAUAUAGUAGAUUUCAGAGUGUUCGUGAAUGUUGGUUGC